UGUGGCGCGUAGCAGCACCAGCCAGCAUAGUUUCCCCAUUCGAGGUAGCUCAAACAACCGCGCGCGCGCACGAUCGAUAUCGCUCCGAAACCACGGCCACAGCCACAACCCACUACCACUACCACUACCACACUUCUUUCUUACUUGCUGCCCAUCUCUCCAUCCCUUCCCAUCCCAUCCCAUCCCAUCCCCCGUCCCGUCUCUCGUCCGAGCUCGAUCCCUAACCUCGCCCACGCGAUGGCCGCGCAUUACCGGAAGCACAUCGCGCCUAUCGCGACGUUCCGGGAUGUCCGCAGCCAAGUGGGCCUGCUCCAUCGGUCGGGCAACCGGCGCAUCUGGGGCUUGGGGUCGGAGGUUGUCUGCCGCGAGAGGCCGAUCACGGCUGUCGAAACGCCCAACGACGAGUUUGCGAUCCUCGAGUUCCUCCGCGAGAACACCAGGAUCCCCGUGCAGAGGGGACUCCACGAAUGGCUCGACAAGGAGAGCCAGGUGCACUUCUCCCUCAAAACGAAGAUUCCCGGCGAGUCGCUCGAAUCGUUGUGGCCGACGCUCACCUGGCGGGAGAAGGAGAGGAUGGCCGACGAAACGGCCAAAUAUCUGAAGGAGCUCCGGGGGCUGACGUCAAACUACUACGGAAGGGUCAAGGAGAGUGGCAACGUCGAUACUCUGAUGUUUAACUACCCGCAGCCUAAACCACAGGGCCCGUUCGCCACCCAGGACGAACUUUGGAACGCGAUGGUUGCGACGCUCAAAGGCCAGAUCCCCCGGAAGGCUCUCUCUCGCUUGCGGGCCCAAAUGCCCGAAUGUCUGCCCUGGACCUACACGCAUGGCGACCUCGGCUUCGGCAAUAUCAUUGUGAGAAAUGGCCAUGUCGUGGGGAUUCUAGAUUGGGAGUGGAGCGGCUAUUUCCCGUGCUGGUGGGAGUACGUCAAGUUCCGGGCCGGGCUUUCGAUCUGGAUCGAUAGGGAGUGGUGGGAUCUGCUCGAGUACCGACUGGAAAAACAUCAGGAUGCGUAUGAAUUCUAUGACAAGUUCCACUCGUUGGUCUGGAAGGUCGAGAGCGCUACUAGGAGUAUAGACCCGACUAAGGUCAAGAUAGGUAAUGCCGUUCUUGAAGAGUUGCUCGAGGAUGAGAACGGGGUAUCGCUCGAGUGAGACGUCAAAAUGGGAAUUUCUUAUGAUGGUUCUUUCCUAUUAGAUUGUUGAAUGGUAGUUUUCGUUAUUCGCGGAGGUCAUUGUCUUUUUUUUGCACGCCAUUUCCGUCCUUCUCUUCUGUCUGUGGCCUUGAU